AUGGUAAAUGCAAACGAGUGGUUAAAUAACAAAAUUCCAGCAGAUGAAAGGGAACAAGCAACAACUCUUUACAUCUACGGCAAAUGUCAAUGUAUGUUUGGAAUAAUGACGCCGGUAACAACUUCGCUUCUACAAAGACUUUAUUCAAGAACCGUAAUGACACCGUCUAAUGCAUUGGGAUUUGGAUCUAAUCCUAUGACUUCACCGUAUGCAUUUGCACCUAAUCCGCUUGGAGGAGUCAAUCGCAAUCAGGUUGGAAAUGCAAUGUUUAAUAAUAACAAUAAUUGCCAGCACUGCAAUAAUAGAGAUCAAGAUAAUUUUUACACCGCUCCAGAUUAUUGUUUUUAUAAUGUUAUUUUGGAAGGAGAGCUAGAUCUUAAUGACUUUGUUAAUUUGCGACUAUUAUAUAUUGAAGGUGUUGAGUAUAACAAGGAACAACAACAAAAGUUGACAAAGUUGAAGAUUGAUAGAUGUAGUGAGUUAACAUACAUUACGAUUAACUAUACAACCCUUGGUUAUUUAAGUUUAGGUUGUAAACCAAAAUUGCAAUGCACUAAUUUCAUUGGCAACAAACGACUCAUUUUUUGUGAUAGUGUAAUAAAAAAUCAAGUAGAAAGGUUAACUCAUUUAAUUCAAGAUCCUAAUGUCAUUAAUCUUGAUGAUUUAAAAUUGAAAUUUAAGAAAAUAGAAGAGGAAAAUUUAGAUUCUCAGUUAGAUAUUACUAAAAGUAGUCUGGAUGAAAAUGAUCAGUUGUGGUUGGAAAGUUUAAUAGAAGCACAUAAAGAAGUUUUACAGAAUAAUAGCGCUUAUGCUCGUAAACAAUUAGAAAAAUGUAAAAAAAAAUUAGCUGAAGUGCUAACUGAUGAAGAAAUUCAAUACAUUUUGGGCAAAGAAGUAGAAAUUAAUGAGUUGGGAACUCAAUUAAAUAAUAUCGACAAUCACCUUUAA